GCAGAGGAAUCUCAGCGGCUGAGUUUUAUGACGGGCCCGGUGCUGGAGGGCAGGGUUCAACUGAUGGUGCUACUUUGAGCUGCUUUUUCUUUUCUCCGCUUGCACGAAGAGUCUCAUGUCUGAUAUUUAGACAUGAUGAGCUUUGUGCAAAGUGGGGCCUGGCUUCUCCUUGCCCUGCUCCAUCCCACUUUCGUUUGGGCACAACAGGGCAGUGUUGAUGAAUCGGGAUGCACCCACCUUGGUCAGACCUAUGAGUCUAGAGAUGUUUGGAAACCAGAGCCAUGCCAAAUAUGUGUCUGUGAUGCCGGAUCUGUCCUCUGCGAUGACAUCAUCUGUGAUGAUGCGCCACUAGACUGCCCCAACGUAGAGAUCCCGUUUGGAGAAUGUUGUCCAAUAUGCCCACAGCCUACCACACCUGCUCCUGCCCUUCCUGAAGGUCAUGGACCUCGAGGCCCCAAGGGAGAUCCAGGUCCUCCUGGCAUUCCUGGGAGAAAUGGUGACCCCGGCAACCCAGGGCUACCGGGUCCCCCUGGCUCUCCUGGCUCUCCUGGAAUCUGUCCAUCAUGUCCAAAUGGUGGUCAGAAUUAUUCUCCUCAGUAUGACUCGUACGAUGUCAAGUCUGGAGGAGCAAUUGGAGGCUAUCCUGGACCAGCUGGUCCCCCAGGCCCUCCAGGCCCCCCUGGCUCUUCUGGACAUCCUGGCUCCCCUGGUUCUCCUGGAUACCAAGGUCCCCCUGGUGAACCGGGUCAAGCUGGUCCUGCCGGCCCUCCAGGACCUCCUGGUGCUAUUGGUCCUUCUGGCCCUGCUGGAAAGGAUGGAGAGUCAGGAAGACCCGGUCGACCUGGAGAGCGUGGACUGCCUGGCCCUCCGGGUGCUAAAGGCCCAAGUGGCAUGCCUGGAUUCCCUGGGAUGAAAGGGCACAGAGGUUUUGAUGGACGGAACGGAGAGAAGGGAGAAACGGGUGCCCCUGGACUGAAGGGUGAAAACGGUCUUCCCGGAGACAAUGGAGCUCCUGGCCCCAUGGGUCCCAGAGGGGCUCCGGGUGAGCGAGGACGGCCAGGCCUACCUGGAGCUGCAGGUGCUCGAGGCAAUGAUGGUGCUCGGGGCAGUGAUGGCCAACCAGGUCCUCCUGGUCCUCCUGGAACCGCAGGUUUCCCUGGGUCCCCUGGUGCUAAGGGUGAAGUUGGACCUGCAGGGUCCCCUGGUUCAAAUGGCUCCCCAGGACAAAGAGGUGAACCUGGACCGCAGGGACACGCUGGUGCUCAAGGGCCUCCUGGCCCUCCUGGGAAUAAUGGCAGUCCUGGUGGCAAGGGUGAAAUGGGUCCCGCUGGCAUUCCUGGAGCUCCUGGAUUAAUGGGAGCUAGGGGCCCCCCUGGACCAGCUGGGACUAAUGGCGCACCUGGACAGCGAGGUCCUUCAGGUGAACCCGGCAAGAAUGGUGCAAAAGGAGAGCCAGGUGCUCGUGGUGAAAGGGGGGAAGCUGGAUCCCCAGGAAUCCCAGGGCCUAAGGGUGAAGAUGGCAAAGAUGGAUCCCCUGGGGAACCCGGUACAAAUGGACAGCCCGGAGCAGCUGGAGAAAGGGGAGCUCCUGGCUUCAGAGGACCUGCGGGGCCAAAUGGCAUCCCAGGAGAAAAGGGUCCUGCUGGGGAACGUGGUGGCCCAGGUCCUGCAGGGCCCCGAGGAGUAGCUGGAGAACCCGGCCGAGAUGGAGCCCCAGGAGGCCCAGGAAUGAGGGGUGUUCCCGGAAGCCCAGGAGGACCAGGCAAUGAUGGGAAACCAGGACCUCCCGGAAGUCAAGGAGAAAGUGGCCGUCCUGGUCCUCCUGGCCCAUCUGGACCCCGGGGUCAGCCUGGUGUCAUGGGUUUUCCUGGUCCUAAAGGAAAUGAUGGUGCUCCUGGCAAGAAUGGAGAACGGGGUGGCCCUGGAGGACCUGGCCUUCCCGGUCCUGCUGGAAAGAACGGUGAAACUGGACCUCAGGGUCCCCCAGGCCCUACUGGCCCAUCUGGCGACAAGGGAGAUUCCGGACCCCCUGGUCCACAAGGAUUACAAGGAAUACCUGGUACCAGUGGUCCUCCAGGAGAAAACGGAAAGCCUGGUGAACCAGGUCCAAAGGGUGAAGUUGGUGCGCCUGGAGUUCCUGGAGGCAAGGGUGAUUCCGGUGCCCCUGGAGAGCGUGGACCACCCGGAGUUGCAGGAAGCCCUGGUCUUAGAGGCGGAGCUGGACCCCCUGGCCCUGAGGGAGGAAAGGGCCCUGCUGGUCCCCCUGGUCUCGCUGGUGCUACUGGUCCCCCUGGUCUACAAGGGAUGCCUGGAGAACGAGGAGGUCCUGGGAGUCCUGGUCCAAAGGGUGAAAAGGGUGAACCAGGGGGUGCAGGUGCUGAUGGGGCUCCAGGAAAGGAUGGGCCAAGGGGUCCUACCGGUCCUAUUGGCCCCCCUGGCCCAGCUGGUCAGCCUGGAGAUAAGGGUGAAGGUGGUGCCCCUGGACUUCCGGGAAUAGCUGGACCUCGAGGUGGCCCUGGUGAGAGAGGUGAACAUGGACCUCCAGGACCUGCUGGCUUCCCAGGUGCUCCUGGACAGAAUGGUGAACCAGGUGCUAAAGGAGAAAGAGGUGCCCCUGGAGAGAAAGGUGAAGGAGGCCCUCCUGGAGCUGCAGGACCCCCUGGAGGUUCCGGACCUGCUGGUCCUCCCGGUCCUCAGGGUGUCAAGGGUGAACGCGGCAGUCCCGGUGGUCCUGGUGCUGCUGGCUUUCCUGGUGGGCGUGGUCUUCCUGGUCCCCCUGGCAACAAUGGUAACCCAGGCCCCCCAGGACCCAGUGGAGCUCCUGGCAAGGAUGGCCCUCCAGGGCCUGCUGGGAACAGUGGGUCUCCUGGCAACCCUGGAAUAGCGGGACCAAAAGGUGAUGCUGGCCAACCUGGAGAGAAGGGACCACCUGGUGCUCAGGGACCUCCGGGAUCCCCAGGCCCACUUGGACUUGCAGGACUUACUGGAGCAAGAGGUCUUGCUGGACCACCAGGCAUGCCAGGCCCUAGGGGCAGCCCUGGGCCUCAAGGUAUCAAGGGUGAAAGUGGAAAACCGGGAGCCAGUGGCCAUAAUGGGGAACGUGGUCCUCCUGGACCCCAAGGUCUUCCUGGUCAACCUGGUACAGCUGGUGAACCCGGGAGGGAUGGAAACCCAGGAUCAGAUGGUCAACCAGGACGAGAUGGAUCCCCUGGUGGCAAGGGUGAUCGUGGUGAAAAUGGUUCUCCUGGUGCCCCAGGUGCUCCUGGUCAUCCAGGGCCACCUGGUCCUGUUGGUCCAGCUGGGAAGAGUGGUGACCGGGGAGAAACGGGCCCUGCUGGUCCUUCUGGUGCUCCGGGUCCUGCUGGAGCUCGGGGUGCUCCUGGUCCCCAAGGUCCACGAGGUGACAAAGGUGAAACUGGCGAGCGUGGCUCCAACGGCAUCAAAGGACACCGAGGAUUCCCAGGCAAUCCAGGCCCCCCUGGGUCCCCUGGUGCUGCCGGUCACCAGGGUGCAGUUGGUAGUCCCGGACCUGCCGGUCCCAGAGGACCAGUUGGACCACAUGGGCCUCCUGGAAAAGAUGGUACAAGCGGCCAUCCAGGUCCCAUUGGGCCACCAGGACCUCGAGGCAACAGAGGUGAAAGAGGAUCUGAGGGUUCACCAGGCCACCCUGGGCAGCCAGGGCCUCCUGGUCCUCCUGGCGCACCUGGUCCUUGCUGUGGUGGAGGAGGUGCUGCUGCCCUUGGAGGCGGUGAAAAGUCUGCUGGGUUUUCACCCUACUAUGGAGAUGAACCAAUGGAUUUCAAGAUCAACACUGAGGAGAUUAUGUCUUCCCUCAAGUCUGUUAAUGGACAAAUAGAAAGUCUCAUUAGUCCUGAUGGUUCUCGUAAAAACCCUGCGCGGAACUGCAGAGACCUGAAAUUUUGCCAUCCUGAACUCAAGAGCGGCGAAUAUUGGGUCGAUCCUAACCAGGGUUGCAAGAUGGAUGCUAUCAAAGUGUUCUGUAACAUGGAAACCGGGGAGACGUGCAUAAACGCCAACCCAAUGACUGUUCCGCGGAAGAACUGGUGGACAGAUGCUGCUGCUGAAAAGAAACAUGUUUGGUUUGGAGAAUCUAUGGACGGUGGCUUUCAGUUCAGCUAUGGUAAUCCUGAUCUUCCUGAAGAUGUCCUCGAUGUACAACUGGCAUACCUCAGGCUCCUCUCCAGCAGGGCCUCCCAGAACAUUACGUACCACUGUAAGAACAGUAUUGCCUACAUGGACCAGGCCACCGGCAAUGUCAAGAAGUCUCUAAAGCUCAUGGGAUCGAACGAAGGGGAAUUCAAGGCUGAAGGAAACAGCAAAUUCACUUACACGGUCCUGGAGGACGGCUGUGCUAAACACACCGGGGAAUGGAGCAAAACUGUCUUUGAAUAUCGAACACGCAAGGCCCUGAGACUCCCCAUCAUAGAUAUUGCACCCUAUGACAUCGGUGGUCCCGAUCAAGAAUUUGGUGUGGACGUUGGCCCGGUUUGCUUUUUGUAAACCAAACUCUAUCUGAAACCCCAGCAAAACAAAAACCGCAUCCAUGUGUUCUUCUUGUUAUAAUCUUGUCAACCAGUGCAAGUGACCGACUAAAUUCCAGUUAUUUAUUUCCAAAUUUUUGGAAAAAAAAGUAUAAUUUGACCAAAAAAGAAUGCAAUAUUUUUUUUUUGCCAUUCCGUCCACCCAGUACAGUUCAAAUGCUUUUGUUUUAUUUUUUUUACCAAUUCCAACUUCAAAAAUGUCUCAAUGGUGCUAUAAUAAAUAAACAUCAACACUCUUAUGAUA